AUCAUUCCCUCUAUUGUACAGGCAGACAAUGAGGGCCAUGGGUAGAGGGUUUAAAAAGGAUAGACUCACGCAGACAGCAAACCACCCAGCACAGAGACAGCAACCAACAGUUGCGGUGCAUUUAGGAGGACUGUGCUAUCCCAGGCUUCUCCUUGAUGCUGUACACUUUAGCAGGAGGGGGCACACUCUGUGGUGUGGCCGCCCUCGUGCUCCUCAUAGUCUCCACGGCAACCGACUUCUGGAUGCAGUACCGCUACUCAGGCGCCUCGGCCAACCAGGGCCUCUGGAGGUUUUGCAUCAAUCACAAGUGCCAUGCCCACACCAUCACUGUGGCCUUCUGGGACGCGACGAGGGCCUUCAUGCUGCUGGCCGUGCUGAGCUGCUUCGCUGGCGUGGUGCUGGGCCUGAGUGCCUUCGCCAAUGGCACCAAGAGCAGGAGGGUCCGGAUGGGGGGCAUCGCUCUGCUCCUCUCAGGUUUUCUUGCUCUGUUAGCUCUGGCCAUCUACACGGGCGUGACUGUCAACUUUUUUGGCAAGCGCUUCCUUGAUUGGCGCUUCUCCUGGUCCUACAUCUUAGGUUGGGUGGCCAUCAUCUUAACGUUCGUUGCUGGUGUGUUCCAACUCUGUGCCUACCAGAAGAACAUUUCCGAACCACCUCCUCCUAACAUUCAAGAAAGCUAAAUGGAGCACAUCUUUUACUUGCACAAAACAUAACGAUCAACCUCUAGUCUUUAGCAUUAUCAUUGAUAGCAAUGUGACCACAAGGGAAACUACCGGUGUCCUUUGGAAAAAUCUACUGAACAGAAUAAAUAGGAAUAUUUGACUGUG